UGUUGACUUUACUGUCUUCUGGUUCCCAUAAAUGACACGAUCAGCCUCUUUUUUUCAGUCAUGGGGUGCAGACAGCAGAGAGUGCUUCAGUUUUUGACCUUCGUUUCUUGCCUCUUGGCCUUCACUUCAUCUGCUGCAGGACAGAUCAGACUAGCUGGGUCUGGAUCCACUCAGUGCUCUGGAAGAGUUGAAAUCUAUCACAGUGGCUCCUGGGGAACAGUCUGUGAUGAUACCUGGGACUUGAAUGAUGCUAAGGUGGUCUGUAGACAGCGGGGCUGUGGGAUAGCAGAGAGUGCCACUUCAUCUGCUCAAUUCGGUCCAGGAAGUGGACAAAUCUGGCUUGAUAAUGUGGCCUGUUCAGGAAGUGAGCAUUAUCUCACUGAGUGUCAGCACAAUGGAUUUGGGACACAUGACUGUGGACAUGGUGAGGAUGCUGGUGUUGUUUGCUCAGCACCUCAGAUUAGGUUCGCUGGGUCUACUUCAUGUUCAGGAAGAGUAGAAUUCUACUACAACAGUGAGUGGGGAACGGUCUGUGAUGAUAACUGGAACUUAAGUGAUGCUAAGGUGGUCUGUAGACAGCUGGGCUGUGGGGCAGCAUUGGAGGCCACUUCAUCUGCUCGCUUCGGUCAAGGAAGUGGAAAAAUCUGGCUUGAUAAUGUGGCCUGUUCAGGAAGUGAGAGUUCUCUAACUGAGUGUGGACACAAUGGAUUUGGGAAACACGACUGUAGCCAUGGUGAGGAUGCUGGUGUCGUCUGUUCAGGUGAGAAGUGUUUGUUAUACUCUUAUCAAAACAUAGAUAAAAAUGUGCUAAAUUAAUAAAUAAUACAUUUUGAACUCUUUAUUUAUUAAGCACACUCAUUAAGCGUUCUGAGUGGUGGAAGAAAGUAGAUCAUCAAUCAUUGUUUAAAAUAACCAGCUGUUCCUCUUUUGGCAGCAAUAACUUCAACUUCAUGCCAGCCCCUUUCUAAGUUCUGAUCUCUGUGUCAGAUACAGUGGGGCAAAAAAGUAUUUAGUC